AUGUCCAUGCGCGACUACGUGCAGAUGGCUCGACAUCUGGCGUCUUGCAUUAUCACGCAUCCCAUGGACAAGUAUACACAAGUGAACGUGUUUGUCAAUGGCAUGCGUGAAGGGCAGACUCUCCUCUCGCUGGAACGAGCAGAGCCUGCCACGUUGGAGGAGGCUUUCGCUAUCGCUCUCCGUGAGGACUUCAGAGUCACCAAGGCCUAUACCAAGCCUUCAGUUGUUACUGCAGUCAGAUCAGCGAGCCCAGAAACCUAUGGAUCGAUGCAAUUGAGUCGUCGGGUGACCGACGACGCGCUACAGCCUACAAGGGCGACGUCCGAGGCGGACGUCAGAUGA